AAAGCUAUUAUCUAAUCUACUAGUAAGAAAACGCUUUCACAUGUAUACAUUUAUUUACAGGAGCACUCUCCUCAUUAAAAGGUAGCUUUCUGAUCUAGUACUAGUAAUGGCCGACGACGGCACCGGUUCGACACCGGCCAAGAGCUCAUCGUUCAUGGUGCCUGAACGUGCGAAGCUGCACAUGGCCUUGACUGUGUUGCAGUUUGCUUAUGCUGGGAACCAUGUCUUUGUUAGAGCUGCACUGGACUUGGGAGUCAGCAAGCUCAUUUUUCCUGUUUACAGGAACCUCAUCGCCAUGCUUCUUCUUAUUCCCUUUGCUUAUGUUUUGGAGAAGAAGGAAAGACCAAAAAUGUCACUCUCCUUUUUGAUGCAAUUCUUUGUCCUUGGACUGAUUGGGAUCACAUCAAAUCAAGGAUUUUAUCUUUUGGGAUUGGAUAACACUACACCAACUUUUACUUCUGCUAUAGAGAAUGCUAUACCAGCCACAACUUUUAUCAUGGCUGUCUUGUUCAGAUUUGAGCAUGUGAAUUUGAGUAGAAGAGAUGGUAAAGCUAAGGUGAUUGGAACAGUGGCUUCAGUUGCCGGAGCAACUUUAAUGACACUAUACAAAGGACCAACCAUAUACAAGCCAAGUACUACCACAACUCUAGACCAGUUUUCUCAGCUAUCUUCAAUGGGAGAUGUCAAGGAGAAGAACUGGACCUUUGGCUGCAUUUGUUUGAUAAUCCACUGCCUAUCUUGGUCUGGUUGGAUAGUGUUACAAGCUCCAGUUCUGAAGAGAUAUCCAGCCAGACUCGCAGUCACCUCAUACACUUGCUUCUUUGGUCUUGUACAGUUCUUGGCGAUUGCAGCAUGGGUUGAAAGAGACUCCACAGCCUGGAAAAUUCACUCCACUGCUGAAUUCUGGGACAUUUUUUACGCAGGUGCAGUGUCCUCAGGAAUGGCUUUCGCUAUACAGAUAUGGGUGAUUGACAAGGGUGGUCCUGUGUUUGUUUCACUGUAUUUCCCAUUACAGACCUUGCUUGUUGCUUUAAUAGCUUCCCUACUUUUAGGUGAAGAAUUCUACUUAGGAGGGAUUAUUGGAGCAGUGUUAAUUAUUUCAGGGCUUUACUUAGUAGUAUGGGGAAAAAGCUUAGAAAGCAAAUUAGCCAAAGAAAAUGCUGAUGUUGGUCAAACCUCAGAGAAUCCUAACACAAGAAGUUUUGGGAAAUCUGACUUAGUAGAUCCAUUACUUCCAACUUCCAAUAAAUAAGCUUUUUUUUAUUAUUAUAUAGCUAUAGAUAUAUGAGAUAUGUAUAAGCAAAAAAGCAUGCCAAGAUAUGUACAUCAUCAUCACUAGGCCAGAUUUUGGACUGGAUUAAUAUUGAAUCUACAUUUGUGCCAUGUAUGUAUUGUGGUAGAAAAUAAGAUUUUACAGUUUUGGAUGUUGAGGCUGUAAUAUUGAAUCAAAUAUUUCUAUAUGUAUCAGAUUUUUUUAUUCAAAUAAGUUUGUCUUGGG